UAUAUAUUCAUCGACAAAGCUUUUCUUUUUUCUCGUCCAUAUUUGAUCUCUGUUUUUCAAAUAUUCAAGAUUAACAGAGUCGUAUAUAGAAUACAUUCACUAAAAUUGUAGCUCAAAUUUUACUGGAAAAUAAUAAUAAUAAAAAUUGAUAGAUAUUUAGAUUGUAGCUCAGGCUUAACUUUUAAAGAAUACAAUAAAUUUGAAUUUUACUAAUAUUUAGAUAUUAAUAAUGAACACUAGCGGUUGUAUUGGAAUUUCCACUAUGAAACCCUAUUGUAGGAUACUAAUUAGCCACAAAGGAUCCUCGAUUUUUGGGUUUUCGCCCGGAAAAUUCAACGAUUAUCCAAUUGAUAAUUUGUCGAAAUUUCAUUGCGGUCGAUUCAAUAGCUGCAAUUCUCAGAUUAUAGGGUACACACGUGUAACAGAUUCGAAUCAGAGAGCUUUUAGUGUUUCUGGUUCGAGUUGGGGUCAGUCUAGGGUUUUUCCGAUGAAUUUCCAUGUUGGUCAAGGUAGUGGUAGGGGUGUUUUAGUAAUUCCCAAUGUAGCGUCAGACUUUAGGAACCAUUCAACCUCAGUCGAAGCUCAUGUUAAUGAGAAGAGCUUCGAGAGGAUUUACAUUCAAGGCGGACUGAAUGUGAAGCCUCUGGUGAUCGAGAGGAUCGAGACCGGUCACAGUGUGGUUAAGGAAGAAGAGUCUAGGUUAGAUUUUGAUGGGUCAAGUAUAAACAUUGAUAAUUUGAAGGGUUUGAAUGAGAAUAUGGUGGAGAGGGAGGUCUCCGAAAUUGAGAAGGAGGCAUGGAAGUUACUUCGAAAUGCAGUUGUUAGUUAUUGUGGAAAUCCGGUGGGAACUGUUGCGGCUAAUGAUUCGGCCGACAAGCAGCCGCUGAACUAUGAUCAGGUCUUUAUUCGUGAUUUUGUCCCCUCAGCACUUGCAUUCUUACUCAAUGGAGAAGGAGAGAUUGUGAAGAAUUUUCUUCUUCACACACUGCAAUUGCAGAGCUGGGAAAAGACUGUGGACUGCUACAGUCCUGGGCAAGGGUUAAUGCCUGCAAGCUUUAAAGUUAGAACUAUCCCUCUUGAUGGAAGCAAUGAAGCAUUUGAGGAAGUUCUAGAUCCUGAUUUUGGUGAAUCAGCCAUUGGUCGUGUUGCACCUGUUGAUUCUGGGUUGUGGUGGAUUAUUUUGUUGAGAGCUUAUGGGAAGAUCACUGGCGACUAUGCAUUGCAAGAAAGAGUGGAUGUCCAGACAGGCAUAAGAUUAAUACUUAAUCUAUGUUUAACUGGUGGGUUUGACAUGUUUCCUUCUCUGUUAGUAACUGAUGGUUCCUGCAUGAUUGAUAGACGGAUGGGCAUUCAUGGACACCCUCUUGAAAUCCAAGCGUUAUUCUACUCAGCUCUACGCUGUUCCCGCGAAAUGCUAAUUGUCAAUGAUGGAACCAAGAAUUUGGUGGCUGCUAUCAAUAAUCGACUCAGUGCACUCUCCUUUCAUAUCAGAGAGUAUUAUUGGGCGGAUAUGAAGAAGAUCAAUGAGAUUUAUCGUUACAAGACAGAGGAAUACUCUACAGAUGCCAUUAACAAGUUCAAUAUUUAUCCAGAUCAAAUUCCUUCUUGGCUGGUAGAUUGGAUCCCUGAGAAAGGUGGCUACCUCAUUGGCAAUCUGCAACCUGCUCAUAUGGAUUUUAGGUUUUUCACACUUGGAAAUCUUUGGGCCAUUGUUUCAUCUUUAGGUAGCCCAGAACAGAAUGAGGGUAUUCUGAAUUUGAUUGAGGACAAAUGGGAUGAUCUUGUGGCUCAAAUGCCUCUUAAAAUUUGUUACCCUGCUUUGGAGCAUGAGGAAUGGCGUAUAAUCACUGGCAGUGACCCAAAGAAUACUCCCUGGUCUUAUCAUAAUGGUGGAUCUUGGCCAACACUGCUAUGGCAGUUCACAUUGGCCUGCAUUAAGAUGGGGAGGCCAGAAUUGGCACAGAAGGCUGUUGCUUUGGCAGAGAAGAGGCUUUCAAUGGAUCAGUGGCCUGAAUAUUAUGACAUGCGCAGUGGGAGAUUCAUAGGAAAGCAAUCCCGGCUCUUCCAGACAUGGACAAUUGCUGGUUUUCUAACGUCGAAGAUGCUUUUGAAGAAUCCGGAGAAGGCGUCCUUGUUGUUCUGGGAGGAGGAUUACGAACUCCUUGAAAUUUGUGUCUGCGCGCUUAGCAAAACUGGUCGAAAGAAGUGCUCACGUUCUGCUCCAAGGUCUCAGAUUCUUGCUCGAUGACAAGUGAGUGCUAUACAGAGCGCUCUGAGCUAAAAAAAUAUAGAUCUCAAAUGACGGUGACUCCAUUGAAUACAAGACUCUUUUAACUUCUUUCCUUUCAGCACUUAAAGCUUAGGUUGUGGUCCUGUUUUCGGAAAUCAAACGAUACUGUGGAAUAUGAUCGUGUUGUCCCAUUAAUUGAAGGAGGGACGAUUCUUAUUUGAUGGCUCUGUUUUUUGAGAGCCUCUUAACCUAUUUGUAUGGUUCCACUGCUGAUCACUGUUGCAUGUACUUGAAUUAUGUGGCAGUCUGACAAUACUUGUAACUUCGCUGGAAAUUAUAUGAUAUUCGUAUUGAUUGUGCUCA